GCUUUGGAAUUCGGUUUCGUCUGUUCUUUUAAUCUCGCACCUUACGAGAAGUCUCACCCUUCUUCAGCUUCUGCACCAUCCUCUCCUUAACUCUGAAACUCUCGAGUACCAAAUUCCAAUAAUACCCCUAACCUAUUCCCUAAUUUACGAAAGCAGCCAUGUACAGCAACAUGCUGGUCAACUGUUCCAGCUGUCGCACCCCUCUGCAGCUGCCACCUGGGGCCGGAUCCAUCCGCUGCGCCCUCUGCCACGCUGUCACUCACAUCGCUGACCCACGCGCCGUCCCUCCUCAGCCUCCCUCAUCCACCUACGCGCCAUCGCCGCCCUCCCCUUACAACCACGCGCCGCCCGGUCCCCCGCCCAGCCCCCACGGCCGCAAGAAGGCCGUGAUCGUCGGCAUCUCCUACCGCUACUCGCGCCACGAGCUCAAGGGAUGCAUCAACGACGCCAAGUGCAUGCGCUACCUUCUCGUCAACAAGUUCAGUUUUCCCGAAUCUUCCAUCAUCAUGCUCACUGAAGAAGAAGAUCCCCGUGGCCCCAAAUUUCCAUCAAAGCACAACAUCAGAAUGGCUAUGUAUUGGCUUGUGCAAGGAUGUCAACCUGGGGACUCUCUUGUUUUUCAUUAUUCUGGCCAUGGAUCGCAGCAAAGGAACUACAGUGGUGAUGAAGCUGAUGGAUAUGAUGAAACUCUAUGUCCUAUUGAUUUUGAAACACAGGGUAUGAUUGUAGAUGAUGAGAUCAACACAGCACUUGUCAGACCUGUUACUCAUGGGGUUAGGCUGCAUGCACUAAUUGAUGCCUGCCAUAGUGGCACUGUUCUAGAUUUGCCAUUUCUUUGCAGAAUGAACAGGAGUGGACAAUAUGGAUGGGAGGACCAUCGCCCUAGGUCUGGCGUAUGGAAGGGAUCAAAUGGUGGAGAAGUUAUCUGCUUUAGUGGAUGUGACGAUGAUCAAACUUCUGCUGAUACAUCUGCACUAUCGAAGAUUACAUCAACUGGGGCUAUGACAUUUUGCUUCAUCGAAGCCAUAGAGCGUGGUCAUGGUGCUACCUAUGGCAGCAUUCUUACUGCUAUGCGCACCACCAUCCGAAAUGUUGGCAGUGGUGGUGGUAUUGGAGGCGGCGAUGUGGUAACAUCCCUUCUCUCCAUGCUUUUGACUGGAGGUAGUCUCAGUGCUGGUGGACUAAGACAGGAACCACAGUUAACAGCUUGCGAAGCAUUCGAUGUAUAUAGAAAACCUUUCUCAUUUUGAUAUUCAAUAUUCUUUCAACUGCAAUUUGUUUUUCUUGACGCUGGCCUUGUACACGAGUAAAUUGAUUAUAAUAAUAAAUUUAAUGUAUUAUAAAGAAGUGGAUAGGAUUCUUUUCUUUGACUGAGGAUGUGUUUGGUUGAAUUUGUCUACCAUUGAAAAUGUGAUAUGCUUAUAAUAAUGACAGUGAUUCCUUGGC